UAAGAAUCAUAUUGCACAAGUGAACCAAUCGAUGAUCUCCUAUCAACAGUCCCCUCAGUACGAAUAGUUUCGGCCGGGACGUUACUCUUUUCUUCCCUGUUUCUUCACGGACAUUCAUGCCCAUUCUCAGCAAAGUGGCAAUACAUGGUUGAAUUACUGGAGAAUACACUCAGGGCUAGAUUUUAGUAUUAUUCCGCAUGUCAGAAUGGAUCCUCCAUCUCAAGUCUACCUCUUCGGAGGUAAAAAGCCAUGGAAUCCUCUCGAUUGGACGAGCUCCGAUGACCGUGUUCGUGGCGGCUCCUCUUACUCUACUCUCACUUGCAGUCCAUUUGCCCCCACCGCCAAAUUUCACGGACAUCUUGAUAUCAAAACCCUGGGUGGAGCUGGUUUUGCUUCUCAACGGACGACGAGGGAACAUCAAACUUGGGAUUUGACUGGGUUUGAUGGAUUGGAGUUGAAUAUCGAGAAGUCAGAUGGGAAAAAAUAUACUGUGGCAUUGAAGGACGAGUUAUUGCCACAACGCUCGGAUGGGAGGGAGCAGAGUACUGUAAGUUGGGAGUAUGAUUUCAAGGUGGAGGGAGAUAAUGGAAAGGGGAAGGUAUUUGUGAAGUGGGAAGAUUUGAAGGCGACGUAUAGAGGACGAGAGAAGAAAGAUGCAAAGCCUCUGGACUUGAAGAACGUCAGGAGAUUAAGCUUGAUGAUGAGAAGUUUCUUUGGUACUCAAGAAGGAGAAUUUUCUCUUUCCAUUCUUUCGAUAUCGGCCAUUAAUCUAGUGUCCGAUUCCAAUCCAGGGGCCUUUUCGGAGCCUUACCGAGAUCACCCAAACAAUGACCUAAACGAGAACACAGUGUUCAGGCCCUCCAUAACGCAAGAAGACAAUAAUGCAAUUAGUACUAGUACAGAGCAGGAUUCAUCUGGAUGGCUCUUUUAGAGUACGGCC